CCCCUUGAUAUCUCACUCUCUCAAGGGAUUGACAGAACCAAGGAAGUCACUCUGAUACGUGGACAGUCUUGACAGGUUUCUGAAGAUUGGGGAAGCGAAUGUGAACAACUACAGUAAGGCGCAACUGAGAGCUGGUCACCGAGGAAGACAUAUAUAACCAGGCUAGCUAGACGAAACCCUGGUCAGGACACCAUCUCUAAGGUGUCACCGCUAAGUCCUUCAUGUCUGACUUUGAAGAACCCGAAAGCCCGAUAGGCAGUGUUGAAGACGUUCCUGCAGCUCUAUCAAAUGAAGAACAACCGGCUGUCGCCGCAGAGAAGCCUGACGAAUUCUUGCAGCCGACAAGCGAGUACGACACUGUACCCGCGGCCGCUGCAAAGGGAUCACCGCCAACCGAUUCUGCCGCGGACGCCGACACAAAGUCGGAAGCGGAAAGCAAAGAAGAUGUCCCCGUCGUUUCCCCGACUCCUCCCGGCGCUGCUGCGAAAGACACUGCAGAGUUGAAAGCGAGAGACGAAUGUGAUGUCCUAAGCGGAGCUGGACCAACCGACACUUCUACCGACGCCAGCAAGGAACCAGAAACGAGGAGUAGAGAUGAAGAUUACACAAGCAUUUCGACAGGACGAAAGAUUGCUGACAUCGAGUUUGAGACACCAAUGAUGGCGGACAGGUUCACAGAGUUAUCUUCCGCACGAAAGAUUAUUUAUGGCAAGGAUGACCUCGGAUCCACAGACGAACCAUGGACCUCACAAACGAAGACCUGGAGUUCUCAUAGCAAAGACGAAGAGCCUGAAACAGAGAAAACCAUGUUCUGUGACGUCUUUCGUUGCGACGACUGCACUCUGCACAAGAACAAGCAAGACUCCGACAGCCUCCCUUUAUCUUUAGCAAGUGAGGAACCGCGUGAUGGAGAGAUGUCGCCAUGUUCUGUCUGCCAGAAACCAGGAUGUGGGGUCUGUACUGUUUUUAAAGAGGUCAACCGAUGGUCUGGAACGAUUGGGCCCGAUUACGGGCAGCGAAGCCGCCGGGUGAAGUUUGGAGACUAUGGACACGAAACCGAGUCUACCUCGUCAUCGUAUCGUACCGGAGGAUGGUCAGGGUCUGGGGGUUACAGAAGUAGCAGCAGACGAGGAUACACGAUCGAAACAGUUGAAACAACGACAUCUUCCAACUGGAGCGAAACCCAAACCAGUGCUUCCGAAAAGGACCAGACGUCAGCCUACCCCGAUGCGAUCCAAGAUUCGACAUAUAAAUCAUCCAGCUAUACAACAGAAUCUACCCCUCCAGCGAAAUCUUACUCCGGAGAUGACUGGUCUACGAGUCGUACUAGAGAGACUGAUUUCCGGGAGGGGCCGCGGUAUGAGGAAGACUUUACAACAUCUAGGACUGGCAUCACCAGGUCAAGCGCUCAGAGAACAAGCAAGCCAUACGUUUCAGAGCCGUACGUCGGACACGUUGGUCCGGAACGGUACGACUUGCCGUUUUCCGCAGUUACAAGACCUUAUGCCUCGUAUUCAGGCUCUCCACUGAUUCCGAGCAGGGCUGCGACAACAGCGUUUUAUGAACCACCAACACGAAGAGUAGGACAACCCCUGGGGUACGAAACAGCCACGCCCAGCUGUCCUGUCUGUGAAGACCACGACAACCACAUGAAGCAGCGCUGCGAGAUAUGUCACAUCCCAGGUUGUCGUUACGAAAGUACCUCGCCGGGGCUACACCCAGUCGUGUCGACAUCAUGUUCACGUCCACUCUGGCCUUCAUUGGUCAGCCCGACUUACGAAUCGUCCAGACCUACCCACAUAGAUCUCGACUCAUUGCUGAAGCAGCAUCACUGCAGGAUCUGUCACAUACCAGGGUGCCGGUACGAAAGUUCCAAGAUCGAUUUGGCAGGGCUAGGAGCCAUCGGGCCAGCCGCUUCACACCCCGUCGGCCAGUAUUCGCUCACUCCAGAAUCAAUAAUGCUUAAAUAUGCGGAGAAAACACCAAUAUGUGGGAUAUGUGAACCCGAAUUGAUGAGGCAUUGCAAGAUAUGCCACCUGCCAGAAUGCCGCUACGAAUGCUCAAAGACCGAUUUGGCAGGGCUAGCAGCCAUUCGCACCGGGGAUACCUCUUCGGUCUUAAGGUCUGAAGUAACUUACCCAAGUUUGACGCCGUCCAAAUACGGAAGCGCAGCGUGGCCACCAACGACAGGAACCGGUAGGCCUAUCAAACAAUUUGGAACCCCUACAUACGAAUUCAACAAGCCGCACAACUCACCAACGGCAAUGCCAAGUCAGUCGCUGUCCAAAUCGGACCAGGAUUUCAGACCUUCAGCAGAUGAAAUAAAGUCACAAUCAUACGUAUCCACCGCGACAAAACCACUGAGGACAACAUCGUUCAGAGAUGAUUUUGAGGACACAAAUGACACUGCUCCCGAAUACAAUAAAAAGUACCACGCGUUCAGUGCGCGGUAUUACGGACUUACCGCUGGGGAUUCUGCCGCCGAACUAGAGGCCUAGUGAACUAUAGCAGCAACACCAACUCUGUUGGCAUCGCUUUUAAAAGUUGAAACGUCCUAUACACAAGACUCUUAAAUAGUAUCCAAGCGUCGGCAACACAAUUUUAUGUGGGUGCGUCGUCUUUGUCUGAUUGUGACUUUGUCUCUUGCGCCCGUUCAAACUUCACUUGCCCAAAGCGUCUGUCCAUAUCAAACUGAUUGUGACAUUGUCUCUUGCACUAAUCCGAAAAACGGACAAAGACAAUGUAUGUACCGCAGCCACUCGGAGAACAUCAACAUCAGUGGGUUUUGUAGCGGAUUAUCAUUUGACACUGGUGCAUAGCUGGACUCUUUACAGACUAACUGAGAUAUCGAAGUUCCAUUUUCGAGGGAACAUUCAUCAAGUGAUAUUAGUACAUGUACUGUCAUCUGAUUGGUUGUGACAUGGUCUCUACAGCUAGGGAGACAUACAAGACAUAUGCCUUCCCAAACCAAAUAAUUGCUUGAUGUGAAUUUAAACAGUUUUUGUAAAUCGUCGCUGAUAAAUGAUCGAGAUAUCAAUUGCAAGAACAGCUACUGUCAUCAGCUUGGUUGUGACAGUGUCUAGGACGAGUGAAGACGGCUGGUAACUAUACUAUUCAGAUCUUGGACAUUGUAGCAGCUACUGUGAUAUUAGAGCUUACAUAUCAAAUCUAGAUUUUAGAACGCAGCAGGUAUAGUUGAGUUGGAUUAGCAUUUCAUUGUGUAAUGUGCAUGCCUACUAGGCUCGCCAGGAGACAACGUGCAUGCUCUGGUAACUUGAUAUAUAUGUCAAGAACAGAAACAUGUCGCCGAAAAGUCGCAGCAGCUCCUGGUGGGUAUACUAGUACCUGUAUGUUUUCGAAAUUCUAUUCUUUAUGGUUUUGUUUAUUUCGAGAACUUAUUUUCUUAUACAAAAAAAAUUCCGAUAUCUGUUAUGCACAUUUA